AUGGACUCUGAAUCAUCAUCAUCUGAUAGUCCUAGUCCAGAAGACACACCUAGUUCAAGUGCAGUCCCUAGUGUGGCUCCGAGUGUAGUUAGUAUGGCAAGCACUGCAACCACUGUAGGAGGCAGGGGGCGAAUGGCGGCUUUAUUACUGGCGAAGGCACAUGCAAAGCCUGGAGUUGUUCCUAUAAGUCCUGCGUCAGACGUGAGCCCAAGUCUAAAGGGUGCCGGCAGAGGACUUAAGCUUUUGCAGAAUCUGCAUGCUUCAAAAGCAGCUGGCGAUGUUGGAAAACCAGACAUGCAGCAGGUUACUACCCAGAUAGCCGAAUGUACAAUAUCUGAAUCUACUCCGAAGCCUACCCAGGCAUCAACUAAAGUGAAGAAAUACUUUAGAGAGGUUAAAGACACACCGCCUGUCGUGAGAAUGGGUGAAAGUGGGAAAAAAUUAGAUGUAACUGCCAAUUUUAUAUUCCUUAAUUUUGAAGAAAACAAUGUAUAUGAAUAUGAAGUAAGAUAUGACCCAGAUCAAGAUUAUAAACAUUUACGAUUUAAACUGCUUGGAGAACACAGUAAAUACUUCAAAGAGAAGACAUUUGAUGGAACUACGUUAUAUGUGCCACGUAAAUUGCCAGAUGAAGCUUUGAAUUUGGUUUCGACGAAUCCUUUUGAUAACAGUAAAGUCAGAAUUAAUAUUGUAUUCCGUAGAACCCGGCGCCUGAGUGAAAUGAUACAUAUUUACAAUGUGAUAUUCAAGUGUAUUAUGAAGGAUUUAAAUCUAGUCAGAUUUGGUCGCGAUCAUUUUAAUGAGCAUGCUGCAGUACAAAUACCACAACAUAAGCUAGAAGUUUGGCCUGGCUACGUGACGGCGGUGGACGAGUACGAGGGCGGGCUGAUGUUGACGCUGGACUCCACACACCGCGUGCUGCGCACUCAGUCGGUGCUGUCGUUCAUCAAGGAGACCGUCGCGGCCGAGGGCGCCAACUGGAAGCGCGCCAUCGCAGAGAGAUUGGUCGGCUGUUCCGUUAUGACCACUUACAAUAAGAAACUUUUUAGAGUAGACAGUGUUGAUGAUUCAAUGACACCGAAGUCGACGUUUGAAAAACUUGAGAAUGGCAAACCCGUCAAAAUUAGUUUUAUAGAUUAUUACAAAAAGAAUUACGGUAUCGAAAUUCGUGACUGGGAUCAGCCUCUUCUUAUAUCAAGAGAUACAAAACAUAUGCCAGGAUCUGAAAAGCCCACAGAUUUUAUGAUAUGCUUGAUUCCCGAACUUUGUCAAUUAACUGGUCUCACCGACGAUCAGCGUUCUAACUUUAGGCUUAUGAAAGACGUUGCUACUUACACAAGAAUAACGCCUAACCAACGUUAUUCAUCGUUUAAAAAGUACAUUCAAAGUGUGCUUAGCAACGAAACAGCUAAAAGUCGCCUCGCGGGCUGGGGACUGAGUAUCGCCCCGGAGACUGUCAACUUGACGGCGCGAACUAUAAUGCCGGAGACUCUGUACUUCGGGAACAACUGCAAAGUCCCAGGCAAGCCUAAUGCGGAGUGGAACGCUGAAGUAUCAAGAAAUGCAGUUAUGCAGGCUGUUGAUAUUGUCAAAUGGGUUCUUUUGCAUACUGAUAAAGAUAGACAAGUAGCUAAGGAUUUCCAAGAAACGUUAAGGCGUUGCUGUAACCCCAUGGGCAUAAGCGUAUCUCAACCAGACGUCGUUCGUUUACCAAACGAUCGUACGGACACGUACGUGAUGACUCUCAAAAAGCUAAUUACAUCUGGCAUACAACUUGUGGUCGCUAUUUGUCCAACGGCUAGAGACGAUCGUUAUGGUGCCAUAAAGAAGAUUUGUUGUGCAGAUAAUCCAGUCCCGUCACAGGUGAUAAACGCUCGUACAUUAAUGAAUCAGAACAAAGUGCGGGCCAUAACACAAAAGAUUCUGUUACAAAUAAACUGCAAGCUUGGAGGAACAUUGUGGAACAUUAAUAUUCCAUAUAAAACAGCUAUGGUCAUUGGUAUUGAUGCACAUCAUGAUGCUUCAAGGAAAAAGAAAAGUGUUUGCGGUUUUGUGGCAUCAUAUAACCAAUCAAUGACACAUUGGUACUCACGGGCGGUAUUUCAAGAACGAGGACAAGAGAUAGCAGACAGUCUAAAGGCUUGUCUAGUAGACGCUCUCAAGCACUACAUCAAGACCAACGGCAAACUACCAGAUAGAAUUAUCAUAUACAGGGAUGGCGUUGGUGACGGUCAAUUGAAAUUGCUCAGGGAUUACGAAAUUCCACAACUAAAAAUAAGUUUUAAAGUACUCGGCAACCAGUACCAGCCGUCACUUACGUACAUAGUGGUGCAGAAACGAAUAAAUACAAGGAUAUUUAUGAAAUCUUCUGGUGGAUUAGAAAACCCACCCCCUGGUACUGUUGUUGAUCACACGAUUACCAGACGCGAUUGGUACGACUUCCUAAUAGUAUCACAAAAAGUAAACCAAGGCACGGUAACGCCUACACACUACGUAGUUGUCCACGACGACAGUGAUAUGACACCGGAUCAGUGCCAGAGAUUCACUUACAAACUGUGCCAUUUGUAUUACAACUGGCCCGGUACCGUCAGGGUGCCAGCACCUUGCCAAUAUGCUCAUAAGUUGGCAUAUCUUGUAGGACAAAACUUACAUCAACAACCUUCGGAAGCACUGGCUGACAAACUUUUCUUCUUGUAG